AACAUGGCGACGUCCGUGUUUCGGAGGCAGUUAUUGCUAUGUUGCAGACAUUCAAGAACAAAUACGAGACAAUUAACAAGACAAGUAAACAUAAAAAAGACCUUAACGCCCUCGGCAGCUCUUGGGGCAACUGUUACUGGUGUGUUAGCAUGGAAAAUAUGGCAAGCUAGACAAGAAACUGCAGAAAUCUUACCAGUUGUGACAGCAAAGUCAGAGGGUGAAGAUGGAAACAAAGAACCGAGAAUUCCCCACACGUACCGAGAGGUACGGUACAGACAGUUCGCCUCUGUUGAGUACAAAGGUAUUACCUACAUGACUCCGCAAGACUUCCUUGAAUCUGUUACAGAAGAAAUGCCAAGACCAAGAAUAGGUCGAGCUAAACUGAAAGACAAAGAGGUGGAAUAUCUGCUAAAGAACACACCAACAAGAUCCAAGGGUUCAAACAAGCUGUUUAGGAAGCUCCAUAACCAAGGUCUCAUCUCCUAUACAGAGUAUCUCUUCCUCUUGUGUGUCCUAACCAAGCCACAGUCAGGAUUCAGAAUUGCAUUCAAUAUGUUUGACACGGAUGGAAACCAGAUCGUAGACAAAAAAGAGUUCCUUGUGUUGGAAAGCUUCUUCACCCUUCCCCCCGCGGAACGAAAGUUUGUCCCAAGACCGCAGCAAAAGCUGCAGGCAUUACUUGAUCUGGAGAGAGUCUUCAGUAAAGAGCAUACUGAGGCUGGGAGUGAGCAGAUUAACAGGGACCACACCGUGGCUAAAGUGAAAGAGAGUGUCGACCCGGUACAGGAUACUACCUUACUCAUCCACUUCUUCGGACCCAAGGGUAAACAAGCUCUCAAAUACGAGGACUUCCACAGAUUCAUGGAGAACCUCCAGUCGGAGGUGAUAGAGUUAGAGUUUGUGGAGUUCUCUAAAGGCAUGGCCACAAUCACAGAGGAAGAUUUCGCUCACAUACUUCUACGCUACACCAUGUUCGACAAGACCGACGUCCAAGCCUGUAUUACGCGCGUCAAGGAACGCAUUCCCGCGGUACAGGGUAUUACUUUCGAGGAGUUUAAACAGUUCUGUCAAUUCCUAAACAGUCUAGAUGAUUUCACCAUCGCCAUGAAGAUGUACACAUUUGCAGACCAAGCAGUGUCUAAAGAACAGUUCCAGAGAGCUGUGUAUGUGUGUACUGGUAACACACUCAGCCCCCACCUCGUCAACACAGUGUUCCAAAUCUUUGAUGCCGAUGGAGACGGUCACCUCAGUCACAAGGAAUUCAUUUCCAUAAUGAAAGACAGACUGCAUAGAGGGUCUCGGAAAUGGAAGAAAUAUUACUUGGCGUCUCACUUGAUGCACACCCAGGACAACUGGAGCUCAUUCAAAUCGUGUGUGAAGAACGAAAUGAGGUCCUACUGAACAACGUGAUCAUGACUUCUUAAGCUGUUGUCAAGGCAACCACAGAUAUCAACCUCUGGUCAACGACUACUCUAUCAGAGUUCUGAGUUGUUGUCACGACAACAGGAAACGCUAUCUUCAGUCGCAGUGUAAGGAUAUGUUGAUAACAUCGUCAGUAUUUCCUUACAUGGAAUUCUGCUUUCGUGGAGACAAAUUGUACAUUUCUAUAUAACAUAUCCAACAUCCAUUAUUUCCAUCCAUUUGGUGACCUCUAUAAUGACCUUUUGACCUGUGGAUGAUUGCAAUUGACCAAUGAAAAUCUCUCACUUAUUUGUAUGCUUAUACAAAUAAUUCAAUACCUUUGAGCUUGAAUCGCCUUUAAGAUGAAGUCUGUGAAAUAUUCAGAUGUCUUUAAUCACUUCUAAAACAAGAUUUCUACUGUCUUUUUCUUCCAUGAUAAAUUGUGUGGUUCUUAUAGCCUGGAAUACACUGGAAACCUGUAUUGACAGAUAAGAUACCUCAUCUGACAAGGAUUAACCAUACAUUGGUCAAUGUGGAUACCACUAUGAAUGAUACCAGUACAAACACAUGUAUAGUGAUUCUGUUGGAAGGCAUUCAAAAUUCUAUAUAUAUUCUAUUAUAUAGUAAUUGAAUUCAGAUAAGACUUUUUGAAAUUUAAAAAAAAAAAAAGAGAAAGAAAUUUUGAAAUUAAGGGGGGGAAAAAAAGAGAGAAAAAAAAAAGAAAAUUGUUUAAAUCCACGGAAAUUUUGCUUCUAUUGGAGAGAAAAAGAUUCCCUAAUAAUCAUUCAGUUUUGGUGUCUUUAAGUAACCUUUACAAUAUCAAACAGAAAAUGGCAAGUACAUGAACAUAGUACAGGUAGUUACAAUUUACCUACAGUACCUUUGUUAUGUGAACUUGAUACUGGUGAAGAGGUGUGAUUUUUUCCAUAUUGAUAUCUCUUCCUUUCAAAUGUUCAAAUUAUUUUAGAGUAGAGUUUUCUCUUUGCCAUCAUUGAUAAAUGAGCCCCUCUCCUGCUUAAAUUGAAUUGACUUAGAAUUGUUCUUGAAAUAUCUAACUUAAGAAACUUUUUUUUCUUGCAUUAUAGGCACCAGAUACAAUUGAGGUCUUUAAAAUAAUCUCGUUAUUUUUGAAGUUAUCAAUUAUCUGGUAGAUAGAACUGUAUAUCAACCUCUCUUUCAGGAAAUUCACCAAUGUUUCUGCAUAAUUAAUUUAUUGAAUUUAUAAAUAAAUUGAAAGGCGAUAGAUUACUGAAGACUUUUUUUUUAAUUUUCAGUAAAGAUUAGCAUGAAUUAAGUACAAAAUGUAUACAUAUUUGUAAUACAUUUUAUUAAUUCAUUAAUUAUAAUUAUACUAUAUAUGUAAAUAAUUAUAAGAAAAUGUCCAUCAUUUGUGGAGUAACUAUAAGUCGUUGUCUUUCAUGACUUGAUCACUAUCUGCUUUUUCUCAAAUUUAUACUCAAGAUGUAGGUGUUCUAGCAGAUAUAUUUUCUCAUUGGUGCCAUGUUUGCCUGCUUGUUAAUUCUUCAAAAAUUAAUUUUCAUAAAUUAUUUGAAAUUUAUUUCUUGUCACCCUGUUGAAAAUUAAUUUUCAUAAUUAAAUUAUUUGAAAUUUAUUUCCUGUCACCCUGUUGAAUGAUGCUAGCAAAUGUGGCAAAAAAAAAUCAACAUCAAGCAUUCUUGUUAGUCCUAUCAAAAUCUCUUGUUCUAUAGGGUUAAGUUUAGACCUUUAUAUGAUUUUUAAUCUGACGUUUUUUACUUUCCUUCGGAUUUUGUAAAUUUUGUUAUGUAAGUUGCAUUGUGUGAAAUGAACUUCCAAUUUGAAUGUAUAAAUGUGAAGCAUGCAUCCUCUGGACUGAACAUGUGAUUAUGAAAUUGAUUGCUUUAUGAUUUAGGAAUUAAGAAUAUUUUGUUCGAUUUGCUUGUGGUUACUCCUUCAGGGUUAAUCUACAAUCAUUGUCUUUGUCUGUUUGUGCCUGUUAUAUUCUAUAUAUUUUAACCUUAAUUUUGAAAUUGUUGAACUUUCAGAUUCUAUCAAAUAAACAUCUUUACAAGAAA